AUGCGAGCUAUCACAUCCGUAUCUGGUGAACUCCACGAGAAAAAUUGUUCGGCAAAUGAGGAUGGCAGGACCCUGUCUUGCUACACAUGUAUGGGUCGCGAUAUGAAAAAUUGUAGGCAUGGAUUGACUUGCUGUAGUGGUUCUUGUUUCAAGUUAGUGGAUGAAGAACACGAUAUGAUUGUGAAAGGUUGCACAAAUAAUGAUGAAGAAGACGCUUCCAUGAAAGUUCGUACACUAGAAAUGCAACUUUAUUGGGUCAAUAAUGAAAAAGUAAAAGGACAAGCAUUUUUCUGUAAAGGAACCGAUUUCUGUAACGAUUCAUCCGUGCUCUCGCUCAUCACUUCAUUUGCUAUCGUACCUCUGCUACGAUUACUGAUGUAUUAGAC